UUCUGCCAUUUUUGGGGGCUUCUUGCUUUUAGAGAUGUGGGGGAGGCUUUAAAUUUCCCCAAAUUUUGACUUUUUAAAAAAGGGAAAAUCAACCCAUUUUCAGUUUCUAGAGGAGAAGUUAAAACAGUACCCUUUGUUUAUGAGGAAAAAAUAUGGAAGUAAUCUAGCUGCCCCAAAAUGAUAUUUUGGAAGAAUUAAUUGCAUCACCUGAAGUUACAGUGGCAUGGCAGGGAUACCCUGGGGAAAGCAUGUGGAUUUCUUUAAAUGCAUGUAGAUUUUGUUUUUAGGAUUAACUGGAAAAUAUCCCAAGUCCUGAGAGGAGAAGUACUUGGAAAAGAAGCUACAAGAGUUGAACCAGCAUGGGAGACUGGAAAGCUUACAUCAAUACAAUCCUGAAGGACAAGAAUAUUGAAGAUGUAGCAAUUGUCGGACAUUCUGACAAUAAGUCUGUAUGGGCAUCUAAACCAGGAGGUCUGUUGGCAGCUAUCUCUCCCCAGGAAGUUGGGCUGAUCACUGGACAGGAUAGAAAGUCUUUCCUACAGACUGGGAUCACCAUCGCUGGAAAAAAGUGUAGUGUGAUCCGUGACAACUUGCUAGUAGAGAAAGAUGCUGUCAUGGACACCAGAACCAAAGGUGGUGACAGCAGGUCCAUCUGCAUUGGGAAAUCUUCCAAAGCUCUUAUCUUUCUCAUGGGCAAAAAGGGGGUCCACGGAGGAGCCCUGAAUAAGAAGGUGCAUGAUAUGAUAGCAAGCAUGAAGGCAAAAGGCAGCUAGAAGUAGGGAUUUGCCUGAAUCACUUUUCUCCUGGAAGAAGGACGUGGGGAAAGUAUUGGUCCUUUGAAAUAAAAAGCAU